GGAAGAAAGUCGGACGAGAAAAUUCGCAUUGUUGCCGGAGGUUGCGUGGAAACGGUUGCGCAUCCCCACCAACGUGAAGAGUCGCAAGAUCGCGCGGUCCCCCCUACAUCACCGUCUUCCCACCGCCUCCGACGCUAUUUUCCGUCGCGCCGCCGCCGCGAAUCGAUAAAUACAAAUCGCAAAUUUUCAGCUGCCAGAGAGAAUCCAGCACGUAACGCGCCGCGUGAAAUAGGUCAUCAUACAUCACAUCUCUGCAUAAUAACACGUAUAUCUUCAAAUUCGUGGAAACCGUUUCUCUUCGUUGUAUUUGGUAGUGUAUGUGCAUAGAUUGGAUAUAGUGUUACUUAGUUUGGGUGGAUGCUGGAUGCGGUGAUGUGUUGAACUGGUUGUAAAGAAGGGUAAUCCAGAGUGUUUCAAUUCUUGAUACAACAAUUCACCAUGUCCAGCUAUAAAAGAAGAUAUAAAGCUGGAGGAGUGUAGACUACUCCUUCGCAAGUGGAGGCACAACUUUUCACGUUACUAGUAAGAGGAAAGCUCGAGCGGACAUGACGCGGAGAAACAGGGUUGAAGCUGCGAAGAGGAGUCGCGGUCGCGGACAUUUCCAGAUCUGUCUAGUGGUAUGCUUGUUGACGUUGUGCUUCGCAAAUCAUCAGAGUCAAGAUACGAGCACGUCGGCUCCACCACCCGUCGGAGGUGGUGCUGCGCCUCAUCGUGGCGCCGCUCGCCAGAUGUACGGCUCCGGAUCACUCCGACCCCCAGGUACAAACCCCAUGGUCUUUGGACCGGCACAUCGACCGCCCCUCACUUCGGGCUCCUCCCCAUCGCAGGGCAACAUUCGUCGCUACCCGAUGGCCUAUCCCAUCGUGCCACUGCCCAUUCCCAUCAGGGACUUUGAAUCGUUCCCCGACGGCUUCCCGAUCCUCAUCCGGGAGUAUUUCAAUGACAGAUCAACAUCCAGGAGUGGCGCUCGCGGUAUCUCCACGUCUUCCGCUUCGUCGUCGAUUAAUCGUGGAAUGUACGGCGGAAGACCGGAAUAUAACAAUGGCAGACCGACAAGGCUGUACGAUUUCCGACCGGAUGUGUACGGCGAAGGUUUUAUACCGGGUCGCGGCUUCGAUGUAAGACCUGGUGGAAUGUUGACAAAGAUGCCGAGCAACAGACCCACGGGGCACGGGAUUCAGAGAAUGCGUGAACCUGACGAAGACGACGCUGGAGUCAGCAGCAGCAACAACAACGGUAAUCAAAAGGAGAUCGUCGACUUUGAGCACGAAUGCGGCGAAGACUGCGAACAAGGCGAAUACCUCUGCGUUUCCAGUUGCACCUGCAUAAAGAACACAUUACGUUGCGACGGGGACGUUGAUUGCGACGAUGAAGAGGACGAACUGGAAUGCGGAGAGAUUGAAGCGGCCAGAGAUGAGAAGUGCACCACCGAGCCGAAUAAGUACGUGACGUGUCCCAGAUCUGGGAAGUGUAUACUGAAGAAUUGGUUGUGCGACGGCGACGACGAUUGCGGUGACUUUUCCGACGAAACGCAAUGCGGAUUCAAAGUGAACUGUACCAGCGAUCAGUUCGAGUGCGCCAAUGGCCUGUGCAUACCGAGGAACUGGGAGUGCGAUAACGAUAACGACUGCAAGGACUUCUCCGACGAACACAACUGCACCAAAAUGGAGUGUACCACCGAUGAAUACAGCUGCGGCGACGGGACGUGUAUUUCGCUGAGCUUCAAAUGCGACAAGGAUAUCGACUGCAACGACGAAUCGGACGAAACGGAUUGCGAUGUGGAGCCACCUCCGUGCAAUGAAGGCGAAUUCCGAUGCACCUACAACAAGUGCAUCAAAGUGGAGUUCCGUUGCGACGGUGACAACGAUUGCGAUGAUUGGAGCGACGAGGAAAACUGUCCGAAGUUACCCGGAACUUGUGUCUCCGGCGAAUUCAAAUGCAACAACGGUCAAUGCAUCCCGGAGAGUUGGCGAUGCGACAAGCAGGAUGAUUGUGAAGGAAACGAGGAUGAGAUCAAUUGCACGGACAGUAACAGCCGAAACUGCUCUUCGGAUGAGUUCAUGUGCUCAAACGGAGCUUGUAUCCUAAAAACUUGGGUGUGUGAUGGAGUGUCGGAUUGCAAUCAGGACGAGGACGAGUCGAAUUGCCAGAUCGUCUGCGACGAGACCAAAUUCGGAUGUACGGGAAUCUCGCCGAACGACACCGAGGUAGAUUUCUGCAUACACAAGAAGCACGUGUGUGACGGUCAGAGAGACUGUCCAAAGGGCGAGGACGAAAACGAUUGUCCGACGAGGCACGAUUGCGAUAUAAACAAAUUGAAAUGUACGCAAAUGUGUAUUACGUUCCCAAAUGGCACCGAGGGCUGCAGCUGUCAUCCGGGUUACAACUUGGUAGUCCAUGAUGGAUAUACAUGCGAGGAUAUUAACGAAUGCUUGUACGAGACGGAUCCGGUAUGCUCGCAGACGUGCAACAACACCGUGGGCAGCUUCAAGUGCGGAUGCAUGACUGGUUACGUCCUUAGACCGGACAUGAGAUCUUGCAAGGCCCUGGGUGCUCCACCGACUUUACUCUUCGCAAAUCGCGGCGACAUACGACAAGUAUCACUGCAGGCUUCGUUCAGCAACUCGAAGUACACGGCGAUAUUGAAGAGGCUGAGCAACGCUAUCGCUUUAGACUACCAUUACACGAAGGGUUUGAUCUUUUGGUCCGAUACGAUGAUGAAUGUGAUCAGAAAGGCGAACAUGAACGGUUCGGGAAUCGUGGAUGUUGUCAAGUGGGGCUUAGAAUCGCCGGGCGGCAUAGCUUUGGAUUGGAUACACAACCUGCUCUUUUGGACGGAUUCGGGGACGAGACGCGUCGAAGUGGCCAGUCUGGAUGGAAAGCAGAGGGCAAUAAUCGUGACGGACGAUUUGGAUAAGCCUAGGGCUAUAGCCGUGCACCCAGGCAAGGCGACCGUCUUCUGGACCGACUGGGGUCCCAAUCCGAAAAUCGAGCGUGUAGAGAUGGACGGCACGAACAGGAGGAGUGUCAUCACCGAGUCGGUUUUCUGGCCAAACGGUUUGACCAUCGACUACACAACGGAUCGCAUCUACUGGGCGGACGCAAAGCACAACGUAAUCGAGACGGCCUUGUUCGACGGCGGCGAUCGUAAGAAGGUCAUCAGCAAAGGACUGCCGCAUCCAUUCGCACUAACAAUCUUCGAGGAUGCAAUCUAUUGGACGGACUGGCACACCAAGGCCAUUUCCACAGCGAACAAAGCGACCGGUGCUGGCUUCCGAACGAUCCACUCGAAUCUGCAUUUCCCCAUGGACAUCCACAGCUACCAUCCGCAGCGACAGCCGGAUUAUCGGAAUCAUUGCGGUUCGAACAACGGAGGCUGCGAGCAUCUAUGCUUACCCAACAGGGUUGAGUAUUCGUGCGUGUGUCGUAUGGGGCAGAAGCUGAACGCAGAUAGAAAGACGUGCCAGCAGCCCGAAAACUUCCUGGUGCUAGCGCGCAAGAAGGAUCUGCGCAUUAAACAUCUGGACACGGAUGCGAACAAUCAUCAUGAAAUUGUGGUACCGGUGGACGGGGUCAAGUCGGCGGUGGCCAUCGCCUGGGAUUCGCGGAAGGAUACUAUAUUCUGGACGGACGUCGAUCGCAACACGAUCAGCAAAGCGCACUGGAACGGCAGCGACCAGCAGAUCAUCAUCAAAGAUAACAUCCUAUCGCCAGCCGGCUUGGCUUACGACUGGUUCACCGACAAACUGUACUGGACGUCAGCAUCAAAGAUAGAGGUGGCAAAAAGCGAUGGCAGCAUGCGCACUAUUCUGAUCUGGAAGAAUUUGGGUAAACCGAGAGACAUCGUCGUGGAUCCGGUGGCGGGAAACAUGUACUGGUCGGAUUGGGGAGAGAAUCCAAAAAUUGAAAGGGCCGCGAUGGAUGGAAGCAACAGGAUAUUGAUUACUAACAAUCUGACCUGGCCCAACGGUCUGGCCAUCGAUCACGAGACCGGUAGACUGUACUGGUCGGACGGAGGAAAGAAUUCCAUCGAGUACGCUGACUUGGACGGUCGCCACCAUAAAGUUCUGCUGAGUGGGAUAAGUUUGCCGCAUCCGUUCGGACUGGACCUCUUUGGAGAGGACGUAUAUUGGACGGACUGGGAGACGCUGAAAAUAGAGAAGGUGAACAAGAUCUUGGGCACUAAUAGGAGCGUCGUCAGCUCUGACGUCAGUAAUUUGAUGGACGUUAGGGUUUUCCACCGAAACCGGAAGUACGUGUUCACACCUUGCCAUAAGGAUAACGGAGGAUGCUCGCAUCUAUGCCUGCUCAAACCAGAAGGCCACUCUUGCUCCUGCCCAAUCGGAAUAAAACUUCAGAGAGAUGGAAAAACCUGCGCGGAAUUUCCAUCCAAUUACCUGGUGUUGGCGCAUCGCGUCGACAUCAGGCAAAUCUCGCUGGAUGUGCCCUACGUGGUAGACGUUGUUCUCCCAAUGCCAUCUCUGAAGAACGUCAUGGCCGUAGACGUGGAUCGCAGAACGAAUCAGAUUUACUGGACCGACACAUCAUCCGAUCUUAUUCAGAAAAACUCGCUUGAUGGUAAACAGAUUCAGACGAUCAUUUCGCACGAAUUACAGAUGGCCGAUGGUAUCGCCGUAGAUUCUAGCGGAAGAAAGUUGUAUUGGACGGACGGAGAGAGGAAUAGCAUUGAGGUAGCUGAAUUGGAUGGACACAAUAGGAAAUUACUGGUGUGGAUCGAUUUGGACAGUCCCAGGGCGAUUACUCUCUAUUACGAAAAAGGUUUGAUGUUCUGGUCGGAUUGGGGAACUAAAGCAAAGAUAGAAUCGGCGGAAAUGGAUGGAUCGAAUAGAAAGACGUUGAUCAGCACCAAAUUGGUUUGGCCAAAUGGUCUCGGCGUUGAUCACCAGGAGAAUCGUUUGUAUUGGACCGAUGGAAAGCAGAAGACCAUUGAAUCGUGCGAUCUCCAAGGGAACGAUCGUAGAUUGAUCAUCGAUGACGCACCGCACCCAUACGGAUUGGUCAUCGCGGGUGAUCACAUGUACUGGACCGAUUGGCAAACUCAAUCUCUGCACAGGGCAGACAAGGGAUCGGGAACGAACAGGACGAUCAUCAGCGAAAGGUUGAAGGGAUUAAUGACCGUUGUCCACGUUAAAGAAGAUGACGCUGCAUCUUUACCUAUCGACAUAUGCGGUGCCGACAACGGCGGCUGCUCUCAUCUUUGCUUGAGGAAUGCUCUGGGUUUCUCCUGCGCCUGUCCCACCGGUAUCCAAUUCAUGAACAACAGCCGCAAGAUCUGCAACCAUCAACCGUCAUCGUAUCUAUUGUUUGCAACACGCAAAUAUUUGGCCAGGAUCAGCCUGGAUUCACAGGACCUGCUGGAGGUCACCUUGCCCAUCAACAAUACCGACCACAUCAUCGAUGUCGACUUCCACUGGGCAAAGCAGACGAUCUUCUUUAGCGAUGUGAAUAUGGAGAAGAUAAUGAGCGUUGACAUGCGUAAUUUGUCGGAUGUGCGCGAUCUCAUAGUGAAGAACAUCACCACGCCGAAUGGGAUCUCCGUUGACUGGAUCAGCAAUAACCUCUACUGGACGGACACCAGGCUCAGGGUGAUCGAGGUGUGCAGGCUGGACGGCGACAUGCGGAAGAUUAUAGUAAAAGAGAAUCUGAUGGAACCCAGGUCCAUUGCGGUGUAUCCCCGUAAGGGAUACCUGUAUUGGUCCGACUGGGGUACCAGUCCGAAAAUUGAGAUGGCCUAUACGGACGGCUCGACGCGCUCUGUCAUCGUGGAUCGCGAUCUGGGCUUCCCCAACGGAUUGGUCAUCGACUUCAAGGGUCGCAGGUUGUACUGGACGGACGCGAAAUGGGAUCGCAUCGAAACUUCGGAUCUGCACGGCAAGAGUCGCAUUCAGUUGAUUCAAAGCGGAAGCUCCCCAACCACGCAUCCUUUCGGAUUGACGCAGUUUGAUGAAUACAUCUACUGGACCGACUGGUAUCAGAAAACAAUCCUACGAGCAGAUAAGGCCACGGGGAACAACGCCGCUAUGGUGCGAUCUAAUCUAAUCGGAGUGAUGGGUAUUACGACCGUCUCGGAGAGCAAACAGAAAGGCUGGAACCCUUGCGCCGUCAACAACGGAGGCUGCUCUCACCUAUGCUUUUUCAAGCUGAACCACUACACCUGCGGCUGUCCGGAUUCGCCUAACCAUCCGAUCCCUUGCAAAACUGCCCCAGAGGAAUGGGUAACAAUGAAUCAUCCCGAUGCCGUCUACGACUACGAGGACUACGACUACGACUCGAUUAAUGAGCAUAUCUAUCCAAAGCUGCACGAUUCGGAGCAACCGAACACGAUACCCGCGAGUCACUACUACGUGAUGUUCAUCGUGUCGCUGACCGGCGUCGUAUUCCUUAUCUUCCUGGUAAUCGGUAUUCUCUUCAUUUUCCGUACUAAUCGCAAGAAAUACCUAUACGCGACCGGUCGCAGCGUCAUGACCUUCUCCAAUCCCAAUUACUACACUUCCAACCGAGAGCAGGGGCCCGCUGGUCCGGUCGUCCCUUUAGCCGUUCCCGACAAAAAGCCUUUUCUGUGGAAGAGGCUCAAGUACGACAAGUCUCAGGAUAGGGUGUACGAGGAGAAGACCGAAAAUAGCAGUCCGGAAGUGGCAAGCUUGAUUCCGACCGUGCUGACGCCGUGCAGCUCUAAUUGCGAUGUGAUCACGCCGGAAAUGGAGCGAUCGCCGUCGGCGACACCGCUCCAUCGCCAGGAUACGAUCACUACGGUCGCCUAGACGACUUGAAACCAAAAAUGUCAUCUAGUAUUUUUUAAAUAGUAACGAAUAGGAGAAACAGGCGACCGUGGAAUAUGGAGAAAGAAAGAGAAUGUGUGUGUGAGAGCAAGGAAGGCAACACCCAGACUACAUGACAAUAAUAGGUAUUGAUCAAACGAAUUGUCGCAUCUUCGUACGAAGGAAAUAUAACGUAGCAGAGGACACAAACCAGAAAAGUAUUAAAUUUAUUUCAACGUGCCAAAUAACACUUAAUCAGAUUCGGAACUGAGAAUUGCCGUCGCAACGAAUUUCAUUGAAACAACCACAAACUAUGAAGGAAUGGCGUACACCAAAGAAGAAUAGGAAUGUUUUUCGUUGCCACGAAUGAUUAAUUUUUUAUCUCGAAAUAGCACGGUCCUAGAUACUAAUUAGAAUAUAAAAUAUAUAUAUAUAAAUAUUAUAUUUUAAUGAAAGCGUUGAAGGGGUUGGGUAGGUUGAAGGCUAUGGAAGUUUUGAAAGAUGGAUGAGAGAGCGAGAGAGUGGGAAAUAUUCGAGUUCCGUUCCGUUUCUUCCUUGUAUUUUAACGAGAAUUUAUUUUUUAUAUGUGUAAAUUGUUGAAUGAUCAAAGAAUAAGAUUAUAUGUACUAUAUAUAUACGACAGAAAGAGAAACACAAUAUUGUAUAAAACAAAUGAUAUUUUAUGGAAGAGAGGAAGAGGGGAAAUAGACACUACAUAUCUUGUUGCAUACACAGAAUAUGAUAUGAGACGCAAUGCAUUUAUUGAUUAUAUUUUAGAAGUAUUUUCAUAUCACUUUGUUUCUUAGCCAAACGACAUAUAUAUAUGAGAAGGACAAAUAAGAAGAAACCAAUUGUGGAAGAGGAUUAAAAUGACGAAAGAGAGAAAGAAAGAAUAAUACUUUGUAUGGUAUAUAGAGAAGAGAGAAAAAGGUAAUUUAAACGAUUAGAAUAUUUUUGUAAAAUAAAAAUGAUAAUUAAUAAUAAUUAAAUAAAAUCGAGAUGCCAAAUGAGUAAAAUGGGAUUAAGUAAAAAUCGGUUAAAAUUAUAAAACGAAGUGGGCGCGCGUGGGCAGAAUAUGUGGAAAUAAUGAAGAAAGAAAAUUAUUGAAGACUGAUUGUUAAGGUUUCUUCGAGACAACAAGCAAAAUGAAAUAAACAAAUUUAACAAAUCAAAAAAAAACAUGGACAGGAAACAAAAUAAAUAAAGAAGAUGGGAAUUAUGAGAGAUUUAGAUACGGUGCAUGUAUAAGACAAAAAACUGCUUUCGAUUUGGGGAUCGCGGCGUUAUUUUCGUUUCCGUAUGAAUGUUGUAUUACUAUUUACUAACUACUACAUUUUACUAUUAAAAAUACUAAACUAGAUGGAAGUCAACGUCGUUCAUUAUAAUGUAAGAAAAUGGAAAAUGGGGCGGCGGUUGUUCCUUUCUGUACGACAUCGGACGAUGAAUGUCGGGCUCAAGAUUCUAUCCGCAUGUCUCGGGAUAACUCUAGGAACACGCCACCGUCCCAUGUCCAUCAUAAAACUUAAUAACGAAUCCAUGUAUUUUGUGUGUACAUUAGCGCGCUAAUCUUACAUUUCCUCGAACGUCAUCGUAUUUUUCCCUAAAUAUAUUUUGUCACCCUCUUACAAUAUUAGAAACUAAAGCUCAAUUAUGGCCGCAAUAAGUUUGCAUUUAUUAUUUCGAUUAUCUUAUGGAUGGAGCAAACGGGGAUUUCUAAAAAAAUCGAGUGCUCAAUCAGUGUACAAUUAAACAUUAUAAAAGCCAAAAAA